AUGAUCUCCCGCACGGCACUGAAUCGCUCUCUGCGCUCGUUCGCAGCCGCGCGAGCGACACAGGUCGUUCCUACCGGUACGCGUGCGCGUCUGUACCACGAGAACGUGAUCGACCACUACGAGAACCCGCGGAACGUGGGCGCAAUGGACAAGAACGCCAAAGACGUGGGCACGGGCCUUGUCGGUGCGCCUGCGUGUGGCGACGUGAUGAAGCUGCAGAUCCAAGUGGACGAGAAUGGCACGAUCGUGGACUCCAAGUUCAAGACGUUUGGCUGUGGUUCGGCCAUUGCGUCGUCGUCGGUGGCCACCGAGUGGCUUAAGGGUAAGAGCGUGGACGAGUGCCUGAAUAUCAAGAACACGGACAUUGCGUCGCAUCUGAAGCUGCCGCCGGUCAAGUUGCACUGCAGUAUGCUAGCGGAAGACGCGAUCAAGGCGGCGAUCUCGGACUUCAAGCGUAAGCAGACGGCAUCGGGGUAA